AUGUUUAACAGCCUUAUUCGAGAUUUUGACGAGGACCCAUUUUUCUCCUCAGCAAGCGAUCCGUUCCGGGCACACAGUGAACACAUGCGGCAAAUGAUGCGAAGCUUGUCUGAACCGUUUGCACACAGCUUCAUGCCCAGCCUGACAGAUGGACGGGACAGGGGACGUAGGACUGACGGUCAUUCCAACAGUUUGGCCCUCCGAAAUGACCACAGAGACAUGGGCUUCAUGGGCCCCUUCAGUAUGAUGGACAACAUGAUGCUUAGUAUGAGGAGCAGAAUGGAAGAUAUGCACAGAAACUUUGAGAACAUGUCAGCAGACUCCAACACCCACUCAUUCAGUUCAUCGUCAGUCAUGACCUACUCUAAAAUGGGCGAUGAGCCAGCGAAAGUGUUCCAGGCCUCCUCACAGACACGGCGUGCCCCUGGAGGGAUCAAGGAGACUCGGCGAUCUCUGAGGGACUCGGAGAGCGGGGUGGAGAAGAUGUCCAUCGGUCAUCACAUCCAGGACCGAGGCCAUGUCAUCGAGAAGAAACACAACCGCAAGACUGGAGAAAGAGAGUUUAACCAAGACUUCCAGAACAUGGAUGAGACGGAGGCCCAGGCCUUUGAUGCAGAGUGGCAACAUAAGGUGUCUAGAUUCCAACCCUCCACACCCAUGUCCCAACUGGAGGGGCCCAGACCCCGAACAGUGCACCGCGCCGCUAUCGCUGGACCAGAGGAUACGAGAAGAGAGAAAACAAAUGCUGGAGAAAAGAAGAAGCAGGUGAAAGAGCUGGUGAUUGAAGGCUCCCGAGUGAAGAAGUAG